AGGGGCCCCUUCCAACACCCCCCCCCUUGCUUUGCUUUCCCGAGUCACCGUUUUGACCCCCUCGGCAUUUCCAUUUAAUCUGCCCCACGCAUCCUGGCUCCUGGGACGGAUUACCCUUGCUGCCUUCCCACCCACUGUCCACCCCACGAUCUCUGGAUAUAAGAGGAGCUUCAUCCCAUCUCUCCAGAUCGUUGCCUCCUUGAUUUGCCUCAACAACUCCAUAACAUCAACAUCAUCAGUCUGUGUCUAGGAUCAUAACAACAACAAAUAAUCCACCGAGCUCCACAACAACCCCAACCAGGCACACCACUCCACACUACGUCAUCCCACAUCAGCAAAAACACGCGUUUCACACAACAACCAAAACCAUGUUCGGUUCAUACAGCUCUUCGAGCUCAUCGAGCAGUUCUUUCGACUCCUUCACAUCCCGCAGCCCCUACAGCAGCAUGGCCUCACCCAUGGAUAUCGCACCGCGCUCAUCGUCGUCGCGGCGGGGACCCGACCCGGAGUGCGCCUUUCCCUCGUGGCCGCGGAGGUCAUCUCUCGGAGAGGGCGAGUACGAGGAGCGGGCGACGUCAUACAUUACCGACGACGAGCUGUUCAUGGAUGUGUUCGAGGACGACGCCUGCAGCGUCUCGAGCAGCCAAGGUAGCGCCUCGCCCGUGCACUCGCCCGCCGCCCCAGUCCUUACCGAGGCCGAGUUCCUCCAGCUGCAAAGGGAGCAGCUGGCCUACCAGCGCGAGAUGAGGAAGAUCGCCCUGGCCGAGAAGGAGAUGCGACGGAGGCAGGCCGAGCAGGACCAGCAACGGCGCCGACCGGGUCUCAAGCGCCGUACGUCCUCGGCCAAGAAGGCGACCAAGAGCAAGCUCUCGGCCAUGACUACCAUCACCGAGGCCGAGUGAGCGGCUCCCCACAUGUGGGCGCUGACAGCGGCAGUUUCCACCCCUAUCGCAAUCAACCUAGCACUGAGUCAUACUCGGGCGUUCGUUAUCAACAUCCGCUGUUGAUUAUCCCAUCGCCCGGGACAGAUGCAACGCCUUCCCGAAAGUUCUACCGAGAGUGGAACUCGGAACUUGCCAGAUCUUUGCGAAUGGCAACAUCAACAGAACAGGGCUCUCAGACAUUUCGAUGUCUUCGGUUCCCUCAGUCUCG